UCCCCCUCUCCUUCUCCUCCUCCUCCGCACGCUGGACCCUCUCCUUCCACUCCCUCCUCCGCCUCCUCCUCCUCUCCCACCCGCAACCCCAGCACCUCCGCGCCGCCAUGGACGUACUCCUCGAGAGCUCCCGGCGAAGCGACGUCGCGGUCGAGCUCGGCCCCGAAACCCUAGACCUCGUCGUCUCCGCCCUCUGCCGCCGCCUCCGCCGCCCCGACCUCGCCCUCUCCGCCGCCCUCCCCGCCUCCCGCGGCCUCUGCUUCUCCCCCGAUCGCCGCACCUACCGAACCCUAGUUAAAUCCCUCUGCGAUGCGGGCAUGCUCGACGAGGCCACCCAUUUGGUGUACUCCAUGCUCUCCCGCAUCUCCCAGAGGGGUUGCGACGCCGAUGUCGCUGCGUAUCGAGCGCUCCUCGAGGCGCUCUGCGCCGCGGGGCGCGGCGCCGACGCCGAGGCGGUGCUCGGGAAGGUGCUCAAGAAGGGGCUCCGGGCGCCGCGGCGGCGGCGCGCGUUCCGCACGCCGGAACUAGCCGGAAAGAGCCUCGAGGAGGCGAGGAGGGUCAUCGACGAGGCGCUCGUCGUCGGCGGGGUGGAGAGCCUCGCGAGCUACGAGGCAAUGGCGGGGGAUUUGUACGAAGAAGGGAUGUUCGAGCGUGCGGAUAAGGUGUUCGACGAAAUGUGCCAGAGAGGGUUUCGGCCGCCGGUGUCGAUGUACGAUGCUAAGAUCACAGCUUUGUGCGGAGACGGACGGGCCGAUGACGCGGUGAAGGUGUUGGAGGUGGAGAUGGCGGAGAAAAACUGCGUACCGACCGUGAGGACUUAUAAUUUGGUGAUGAAGGGGCUUUGUCAGGAGGGGAAGUCCCUAAAAGCAGUUAGAUAUCUGAAGAGGAUGGACAAACAGGUGGGCUGCGUUGCUAACAAAGAGACAUACGAGAUAUUGGCUAAUGGUUUGUGUUCGGAAGGCCGGUCUCCUGAGGCGGCGCAGGUCCUCGAUAGGAUGCUGAAGUGGCACCAUCGGCCGGAGAGCGCCACAUUCGGUAGUCUCAUUAAAGGGCUCUGUUCACUUGGUCGGAGAUACGAAGCCAUUUUGUGGCUGGAGGAGAUGAUCGGCCAUGGUCGGGCACCGCCGGAUUGCGUCUGGGCAUCUUUGGUCUCUAUGGUUACGAGAUGCAAACCGCGUCUAAUUGCGUAUGAGGAUUGGAAGAGAACACUAGCAUCAAUUCCAGAUGAGUUGUUCUUAUAUUUGGCCAAAUUGGUUUCUCUGAAAGGUUUUUAGCCUUUUAUAGGGAGUAUCUUUAGGACAAUUUGGAACUUGAAAGAGUAGAUACAAGUGCGGAAAAUGAAGAGAUCAUAUACCUGAAACAUCCAUUAGAGGCAUUGAGGAAUAAAAAUGGCUAUGAAGUUCAUGAGAUCUCUUUCAAUAAUCAUUCGCAUCAGUUUGUGAAGAGUUUAUUCCUCUCAAAUUCAGCAUGUGUGUGUAGAUAGUUACCUUGUCGGCGCUGCUAUUCACUUGCUCCUUUUGUCCGAAUACUUUUAUGUCUGCAAUAAACGGAUGACACGAACUAAUCUACAAUACAAUCUGUCAUGGAAAGACUUUUGAAGAUUAAUUCCGGAGAAGAUGAUAUACCAUGAGCAGUAAGGCAUUUAAUUUCGGAUAUUAAAGUCACGGGGACUGCAAUUGAUAUAAAAUUAGGGCAGUAUCAUCACGAGGAGAAUAAGGUAGCUAACUGGCUUGCUAUCAUGCAACAUUCAUGAGUUCUUGUUUCUUAGAUGUAUCUGUAUUUGUAACUAUAUUAUCUGACUUUUAUUUCCUUUCUUCUCGCCCUGUCUUCACAUUUUGCUGUUCGUUGAACCGUUUUCUUGGAGGCCUCUGCUGUCUCACAUCUAUUGUUAAAUUUAUUUCUUUUGAAUAAAUGAAGUGGGUAAUUUAUA